GGCUUACAUUUAACAUUAUUACGCGUUAAAUUGAUUUGUUAUCAACACUUGCAAGAUUUGAUUCGACGCCAAUCCAAUCCAAGGCAAUCUUGUGUUGACGCAGCAACCACGGCAACCGCACACGGGCUCAGCGCGCAAGCCCCGGCUGGGUCGCGCGAAAGUAUCAAUGCGCAAGUAUGGGUCUGGGAGAUUUCGAACCGCACGCGAGCGAAAAGAAGCGAGUAGCGUCAGCCCCCUCCGCACCUCAAACGUUGAAAUCUGCUACAGUGUAUUCAAGCACGCCGAUACCUUACUCAGUCGUCGUAGUCUCGUUACUGGUUCUUUUAAUUGCUGGACUUUACGAGGUGCGCCGAUUAUGCGUAAACAAUAACAUUCUGCUGGUAUCUCUCAAUGCAACAACGAAAACAGAUGAUUCCAAGCCCGUCGUCUGGGUCUAUAGCAAAGGUUCAGACCAAAGCCACUUGCGACAUGUCAUUGAAUCGUUUCGGCGCUACGGAUACCGGAUCGGGGGACGCGCGGACGGAUGGUCGGUGCUGUGGUCGCACGACUAUCCGUUUACGGAAUUAGCCAGUGACAUGCGCGAAUUGAAGCCCGGCCAGGUUGUCAAUCACUUCCCGGGCUCGGGUUACAUCACCAACAAAGGCAGCCUCUCCAUGGAUAGGUCCAUCCGACAGCUGCCUCUAACGUUCAAACUUCCAGCGCAGACGGCAGAGUUUUUGCGGAACGCUGAGGAGCGACCUUCUGCCAUGUGGGUACAGAAGAACCGAGACCAUCGGGGGAUACACGUGGUCGACCCCGGCGAAGUCGCAGCUGCUGCCGACGAAGAAGAGACGUUCGUGCAAGAGCUGAUCGCGAACCCGCUGCUGAUCGACGGCAAGAAGUUCGACAUCGGCGUCUACGUUGCCAUGACAUCUCUGGAGCCCAUGCGUGUGUACGUGUACAGAGGUGACGUGCUGCUACGCUUCUGUGCUCGCCCGUACAACACACUUCAGUUCAACGCCUCUGAUCUGGACUCGUACGUGGUCGGCGACGACUACACACCUAUCUGGGACAUGCCGUCGCUUGCCCGCUACUACGUUGGCUCACAGCUCAGCAUGAAGGCCAGCCUGGACGUCUACCUGCGCACGCAACUGGACGUAGAUAGCGGCGCCCUGUGGGCGGAAGUGGAGCGGGUCGUGGCGUCCGUGUACACGCGCAAGGCCGAGGCGAUGCGGCGAGCGGCAACGCGCUGGCCUCGCGCGGGCCGCUUCUUCGAGCUUGUGCGAUUCGACUUCGUGUUGGACGAGGCCCUGGGCGUGCACCUGCUCGAGGCGAACAUGUCACCCAACCUGAGCUCGGCGCACUUUGCGGCCAACGGGCCCUUCUACGAGCAGCUCCUCUUCAGCCUGUUCAGCCUGGUGGGACUCGGGGCGUCGCAGUCCGCCAACGCCGCCGCCUGGCGAUUCCUGGACCGAGCCGCAUCGGUGAUGCCGGCGCACUGCCCGGUGCAGCUGGAGCAUCGGUGCGAGCUGCCCGCGUCGCUGUGUGCCCCCACCUGCCUGUCGACGGCGCACAAGCGGGCGUUCAGGGACGCCCUCUGGGAGCACCUGCACAGGAAGCAGUUCGCCAGGCUCGUGCCGCGUGUCGACACCAGCAGUGCGCCGGAGGCCGCCAACAUGACCGAAGCGGACCGAAUCAUGGCGCAGUGGUUCGCCGCAAAGUGCGCGCGUGACGCUGAAUUUUGCCACUGACAAAUGACCGCCCGAGAAACGGGGUCGCCCGACACGGCCCUGACAGACAGACACCGCGCCGCGUCUCUGUCCCCUAACGCUGGUAUCGCAUCGUGGCUUGAAUCACUGGAAAUUCUUUACAGUGACUAUAGUCACGGCAAACUAUAGAGUCUACUAGAUGGCAAACCAACGCGCUCAAUGCAACGUGUUAGCAGCCUUCGUUUCAGGGUAGAGUUCGAUAUCCUUCGACAUCCGUUACGUCAUACUGUAGUGCUGGCGUAAAGGCGCUGCGGUUUCGGCACGAAGGUAGAAAGAGAUAAGUUCGGCCUCCGAUUUCUCAGCAUAUUGCCUUUUUUUCUUCUUAUAUAU